AUGCCAAAGAAACACUUUCAAAAAUCCAUUCAACUUUACCUCUCCAAGCUCAAAAAGCCAAACCCCCACAACCCUUUCCCCUCCAACCCAACAGCCAAAAUCCUCGCCGGCUGCCGCUUCCCCAAGACCCCUUCCUUCGCCUAUCGCCACCACGCCGCCGAGCCCUCCGCCGCCUCCCCCUCAGACGGCCACGCCGCCACCCUCUCCGACGUCGACCGCUUUCUUUUCGAGAACUUCAAGUCCCUCUACCCCAACGAAAACGGCGACGAGAGCCCACAUGGGCCGCCCGCCCGUCCGACUGACUCCAAGGAUGCCGUAUUCGGGUCCGACCCGUUCGCCUUGGGCGACCCGGCGGCGGAGGUAGCCCGGUUGAGCCUGACCUCGACGGAGGAGGAGGCGCGUUCGAGCUCGAGCUCGGGGUCGAGCUCCAUCGCCGGCGCCGGCCAGCGGAGGGAUGGGCUGGCGCUUGCCGACGACUGCAUCGCGGUGUUGAGGUACUCGGCCACGCCGUACGAGGAUUUCCGGCGGUCGAUGGAGAAUAUAAUGGAGGCGAGGUUCCGGGAGGAGAGGAAGGUGGAGUGGGAUUUCAUGGAAGAGCUGCUUUUUGGCUACUUGAAUUUGAACGAGAGGAAGUCGUAUAAGUAUAUUCUGAGUGCUUUUGUGGACCUCGUGGUGGUUCUGCGCCAAAAUUCUGGUAAACUUCAGCCGAGCACGGCCGCCGGGGGAAGCAGGAACAAGAAGGGUGAUGUAACGUGAGAUUCCAGCUCUACGUACGUACACGUUUCAUUGAAAAAAAAAAUGACAGUCGGAAAGCAUAAGUUUUUAACUUUUAAUUUUAGUUUUAAUUUGCAUUGGUUUAAAUAAAAGUAUAAUUUUAUUUAAAUCUAUUCAAAUUGAGAUUUAAAGUAUGAGAUUAAUCUCUCCAAUAAAGUUUUAAAUAAAAUA